AGUAGCAACCAUUGGAAGGAUCCAUCAUGCAAAUAUAGUACAACUCAUUGGUUUUUGUGUUCAUGGUUCAAAGUGUGCCCUUAUAUAUGAGUUCAUGCCCAACGGAUCUCUAAACAAACACAUUUUUUUCAUCAGAUCCGGCAAAUAUCCUCAAUUACAAGAAAACAUAUGAUAUUGUUUUAGGAGUGGCUCGCGGGAUUGAGUAUUUAUAUCAAGGAUGUGACAUGCAAAUUUUACAUUUCGACAUUAAGCCUCACAACAUUAUUCUUGACGAGAAUUUGAAACCCAAAGUUUCGGAUUUUGGCUUAGCGAAAUUGUAUUCGGUGGAAGAUAGUAUUGUUCCUUUGACUCGUGCAAGAGGAACAUUUGGAUAUAUGACUCCUGAAAUGCUUUAUAAAAAUAUUGGAGGUGUUUCAUUCAAAGCUGAUGUCUAUAGCUUUGGAAUAUUGUUGAUGGAAAUGGUGAGCAAAAGAAAGAACUUGAAUGCAUCUACAAAACAUUUAAGUCAAAUUUACUUCCCCACUUGGAUAUAUGAUCAAUUCUAUGAUGGAAAGAGUAUAGAAAUACAAGAUGCUACUGAAGAUGAAAGAAAAAUAUGUAAGAAGAUGAUGAUAGUUGCAUUAUGGUGCAUACAAUUGAAGCCUAGCGAUCGUCCAUCAAUGAACAAAGUUGUCAGAAUUCUUGAAGUAGAUGUUGAAUGCUUACAAGUUCCUCUCAAGCCUCUCCAACCAUCACCAAUGAGAGAGAUAAAGGGUGCUAGAAAUAAUUCAAAUCAAACUUCAUCAUCAAUUCAAUAAGAUGAAUCAAGUCUUAUUUAAUUUUUAUUGUUUAUCAUUCUAAAAUUGAACUAUCUCUUUCUAUC